AUGUCAGACACACAGGAAAUGAUUUAUCAAGAGGAGGCGUCGGACCUUGACAAGCUCAUCGACAAGACGGAGAAGGAAUACAACGACCUGAGAGACGACCUGAAGGGCAAAGAGCAGGAAGUGCGCAAACUGCUGGAUAAAGGCAGAAGUGAGCAGCAGACUGCAGAUCAGCUGUUGGCUCGAGCCGACGCUGCCAAAGCUCUGGCUGAGGGGGGCGGCGAAGAGAAAGGACGGUCGACCUUCAGAGAGGCGGAGACUAUCCUGGAGGACCUCAGAGACUUCGACAAGAGAGUCAACGACAACAAGACCGCCGCGGAGGACGCUCUGAAGAAGAUCCCCGCCAUCAACGCCACCAUCAUGGCCGCCAACCAGAAGACCAAGCAGGCGGAGGCGGCACUCGGCAACGCAGCCGCAGACGCCCGAGAGGCCAAGAACAAAGCGGAGGAGGCCGAGAAGAUCGCCGGCAGCGUGCAGAAGGGUUCAGCCAAGACCAAGCAGGACGCAGAGAAAGCCUUCCAGGACACCAACAAGCUGGACGAGGAGGUCGGGGACAUGAUGGAUCAGCUGGACGCCGCGGAGCAGGAGCUCGCCCGGAAGAAGGCCGAGGCCGACCAGGACAUGAUGAUGGCCGGCAUGGCGACGGACAACGCAAAGGAGGCGGAGGACAACGCCCGCAAGGCCAAGAGCGCCGUGAAGACGGUGCUGAGCACCAUCACCGUCCUGCUGGAUCAGCUGGGAAACAUCGACAAGGUGGACCUGAGCAAACUGAACCAGAUCGACGAGUCCCUGAAGAGGGCCAAGGGCAAGAUGGGCGACAGCGAGCUGGACAGGAAGCUGACGGAGCUGAACGAUGUGGCGAGGACUCAGGAGGACAUGAUCAACGACUACGACCGGCAGAUCCGCGAGAUCCGCGACGACAUCACCAACCUCAUCGACAUCAAGAAGACGUUACCCGAAGGCUGCUUCAACACGCCGUCUCUGGAGCGGCCUUAACCCCCCCCCCCCCAUCACUCCCCUCACAUCUAACACUCUGGCAUCACGCCACCUUUUACCAAAACAGUUUUUUAAACUUUUUGUUUUGUCCUCAGAUUCUUGUCUUUGAAUAUUUCAAGCCACGUGUUUUAAUUUGUUUUGUUUUUGUUUGGAGACGCAGUAACGUGGUUACGGUAGAAUGAACUAAGCGGCGUCGAGAAGCCGCGCAGAGAGGUGGAAGAGCCUCGGAGAAAAGAACCACAAACCCGACGUGACUGCACCCGUCUGUUUCACCAGCAGGAAGCUCCUCGCGUAUUACCUAUCAUGCCUUGGGACACUCCACAUACUUAUUAUUUUACACUUGUCAUGCAGCUGAAUGUACGGCUUCACACUGUUAGAGCGCCGCCAUCUCUGGCGGGUUCAUUUAAAAUCAGCCAUGUUUUCAGACACCACACAGUGAAGGAACUCGCUCUUCUUCUUCUCUCCCAGAGCCUCGUGCCUCACGCGCCGCAGAGGGAAAGUGUUUCACUUCAACAGUAUUUCACAAGUCAGAGAGUCUGAGAACAUCUGUUUUACAUCUUGUGCACGAGAUGUGACGUGAUGUGAACUCUUCUGUGGCUCCAGUCGGUGUUGAUGGUGAAUGUUGCAGCAAUACAUUCCUCAGUGCGUGCAUGUUGAGAACGCCUACAUGUACCAGGAUGCAUUGCGCUCGGCCUCUCUGCACUGCGUUUCUCUGGCCGUAUACUCCGGCUCGUGUGUGUAUAUAUAUACACACACACAUACACAAGUAUCCGAGUCAGCUGAAACUUUAAAACAUCCUCUGCACGAGUAUUGUGGGACGUCGUUUCCGCUGUUUGUAAUUCAAGAGAAGAAGAAGUUCUGAAGUAGUUUGUAGUUUUACUGAACUCCAACUGUUACAUGACGUCACAUGUCGCUGCAGACAUCCACCAUCAGCACUGACUGCACCGCCACAUGAAGACGGAUUCUCCCUUUCACAUGUGUGCAGACAUUUCACAAGGGGGGGGGGGGCAUUUUGGGAACAAAAUAGUAACUUGUAUCUUGUUCCCAAAACCUCCAACGUCAGCUGAGACACAAGUAAUCAUGUCGUGUUGUUUAACGUGUAUUAACAGUAACAGAUGAAAGAUGAUGCGAGUUCUUCUCACGCUUCUCCAGGAUAAAUCACACACUAUGCAACUUUGUACAUUUUGCGUAGCGAGAAUUCUUUCUGAUACACUGGUGCUAAUAACUAUUUCAAAUGUUAUAUUUUUGUUUGAAUGUUUUUUAUUCUGACAAAGUGAGGAAUGUGUUAUUUGUGUAAAUAUAUAAAUGAUUCAGAAACACAAACUGCACCAUGUGUCACAUCAACCUCCAGGGGAACUAUAUAUAAGUCUCUAUGAUGUGCUGUGUUCUUAUGAGAAGCUUGCUUGUAUACAAGGCUCAGUGUUGCUGCCUCACAGCGACGACAUUAUUUCAUUUGUGUUUUAUUGAUUCAACUGAAUAUGUUUAGUUAUUCACGGAGCUCUGACCCCGUCGGGACAUCACGAUGAUCGUGUUGCUACAGUAGUUUUAAUUAGUGUUUUGUGCCUUAAUAUAAAGUUCGGUUGUAAUCACAGUCCCGUCGAGGGCGUCCACUUCUUAUUUCACAGAAAUGUCCUUGUCGUCUCACACGUGUCCUCGUGUUGGUACUGAAGCAGGGUUUUCUUUAAAUCAGGUCCUACACACAGAAAACUGCAACAUGCAGCCAGCGAGAGCUCUCAGGUGAGAGUCUCUCAGGUGAGCGUCUCUCAGCGAGAGCUCUCAGGUGAGCGUCUCUCAGGUGAGCGUCUCUCAGCGAGAGCUCACAGGUGAGCGUCUCUCAGGUGAGCGUCUCUCAGCGAGAGCUCACAGGUGAGCGUCCCUCAGGUGAGCGUCCCUCAGGUGAGCGUCUCUCAGGUGAGCGUCUCUCAGCGAGAGCUCACAGGUGAGCGUCUCUCAGGUGAGCGUCUCUCAGCGAGAGCUCACAGGUGAGCGUCCCUCAGGUGAGCGUCCCUCAGGUGAGCGUCUCUCAGGUGAUCGUCUCUCAGGUGAGCGUCUCUCAGGUGAGCGUCCCUCAGGUGAGCGUCUCAGGUGAGCGUCCCUCAGGUGAGCGUCUCAGGUGAGCGUCUCUCAGCGAGAGCUCACAGGUGAGCGUCCCUCAGGUGAGCGUCCCUCAGGUGAGGGUCCCUCAGGUGAGGGUCCCUCAGGUGAGCGUCUCUCAGCGAGAGCUCACAGGUGAGCGUCCCUCAGGUGAGCGUCCCUCAGGUGAGCGUCCCUCAGGUGAGGGUCCCUCAGGUGAGCGUCCCUCAGGUGAGGGUCCCUCAGGUGAGCGUCUCUCAGCGAGAGCUCUCAGGUGAGUGUCUCUCAGUUGAGCGUUCCUCAGCAGCUUCUUAAACAGCGUACUGAUGAGCAGCUGGACACAGUUUUAGUUUGAAGGCAUCAGUCUCUCACCGACUUGUUUUUGUCAUCCAUGGUUUAAUUUCUGUCCCUCCAUCCAGGCGGCCGCUCUGCAGGGCGCGCAGCACACAGACGUGAUGUGUAAACAGUAUUUUAAGUUAUAAUGUUCCACUUCUUUGUAUUGUAACCCUGUUGUCUUAGACGGAGCUGUGUGUGCGCAGCCUGCAGGACGCCUCUGCACUGUUGUUAGUCAUGCUGACGCUGGUUCAGCCCUGUGAGGACCUGAGGGAGCCCUGUCUGUCCCAUGUGCCUGUAAACACAACUUAACAUUUGAAUAAUAAAGAAUUACUACAGGAA